AUGGCCCUAAGGCCACUGGAGACGAGGCAGACCGACGACAACACCGGAGCUUUCUUAGAAGCAAUUGAAAAUUUGGGAUUUGAUUCCAUAGCCUCGGGACAUUAUCCACAUGUAGUCCAUCCACCCUUUGAGAAUGCUGAAGGGCCAUCGGUGGUCCAACUUUCGAAGGACGAGGUCAAGGAUCAAACUUAUUUCCUCUCACAUCUCUCUCAGCCUCAGCUUAGGAGGCUUCUUUUUCCACUGGGGUGUAUAACAAAAGAUGAAGUUCGCAGUCUGGCUGUUCAGAUGGACCUUCCUAACCAAGCUAGAAAGGAUUCCCAGGGGAUAUGUUUUCUUGGAAAGGUCAAAUUUAGAGAAUUUGUUCAAAGACAUAUAGGAGAAAUGGAGGGUAUGCUUCUUGAGGCUGAAACUGGAGAUUACCUAGGGACACACCGUGGGUUUUGGUUCUAUACGACUGGUCAGCGACAAGGUUUGCGACUUUCUGGAGGACUUUGGUAUGUUGUGGAGAAAGAUGUGCAAAAUAAUGUGGUUUUUGUAUCAAGGAAUUACUAUUCACUGGAUAAGAGGAGGCGGACAUUUCGUGUUGGAUCACUAAACUGGUUUAGUGAUUCUGGGCCAUCAGAUAAUGAACGCCUUAAAUGCAAGGUACGGCAUAGUCCCGAUUUCCAUGAUUGCACCGUGGCAAAAGAGCAAACCGAAGAGAAGGGAGACGUUUUGGAGGUUCGUCUGUCCAAAGACGACCAGGGUUUAGCAGCUGGCCAGUUUGCAACGUUCUACCGUGACAAUGCGUGCCUGGGGUCAGACAUAAUCCUGGAUUCCUAUGACGAAAUGAGCUUCCCUGUGUCUGCAAAGGCGCUGGAAACUGCUAGGAUGGAGGAUAAGUCCAAGCUGGGGAAGCCCAUAAGGAUCAUGAACUUGGAGCAUCUGGCGAACCCAGAGCCGGAGCCGGCCAAGAUAUACACUGGCAGUUUGAAAGUUGGCACACCCUGCAAAUGCAAGAAUCGGGGAAGUUCCAGAAACCAUCAUCGUUAUGCUGCUCCAGUCUUCAGGAGCCCCAUCCAGGUGGUUCUUGAAAAGGUGGCAUCCAUUGGCGACUUUGCGUUUGGGAGAAGAAAUGCUUUGCCACCGGAUAAAAGUGGUGGUGGAGCAUCAAUCAACGCAUGA